ACAUCAUCUCACAUUUCCUCUGCUCACUGCGUGUCUGUCCUCCGUCUCAAGCUUUCCAUCACCGCUGCAAAUCUCGGGCUUCCCUACAACUUUAGAAACCACGGACCACCACCAAGCGUAUCUUACCUCGAGAUCUAGCGCAGCAUGAGUCCCUCGUCGCAACAAAGUCCACCCUUCAACGAGAGUAAUCUCCCAGAAAACCGCACAUCCGCCGCCUUUCCCCUUCCCGUCCCAACACUCGACCUCGACUUCCGCAUCGUCGUUGACCUCAACCCGCUCAUCCCCGUCGGCGUCGGCCCAUUCGGCCAGCGGAACUGGAUUUCCUUUUCCGGGGGCGCCUUCUCGGCCAAGUGGGGCACCGGUACCGUGGUCGCCGGCGGGCAGGACAGCCAGAUUGUCGUCAACGAGACCCUCAGCACCGCCGUCGAGACGUCCUAUCUGCUCAAGACGGAUGAUGAUACGCCGGCGUACAUCACUGUGAAGACGACGGGAUGGCGGACUGGACCGAGGGAGGUCAUGGAGAGGCUGUUUGAUCCGGCUAGGGCGAAUGAUGUCAAACCCUCCGAGUACAGCUUCCGGUUGAAUGUCAAGAUGGAGACGGGAGAUGAGAGAUACAAGGAUAUCGUUAACACUGCCAUGUGGGUUGGUAGUGGUGCUCGGUUGGGAGCUACGGUCAUCUAUGAUGCUUACCGGGUGGUUUAAUCGCCUGAGUGGAUUCCGAGUAACAAGGAGAUGAUCAACGAUAAGAUCUUGUCAAUUCAGUUGAGCUGUUUUAUAAGUCUCAUUGGUAAAUACUUUCAGACAGAAUCAAAUGUUCAUAUGACAGAAUGAUGAUGUGUUACUUCCGGA